AUGGCGCCCACGUCGACGACGUCCGCCCCCUCAAUGCCAGUGACAGUCCCGCUCCGCCCCGUCCCCGCCGUGGGCUUCUUCAACGCAACCCUCAUCCCCCCCGACGCCAUGAUCAGCUACGCCAUCUGCCGCUCGCUCAAAGUGUGGUACGCGCCCGAACGUCCCCGUCCCUUGGACCUGAAGAGCGAGCAUUCGGACACAAAGGGGCAUGUUGUGCCGAUCGAGUUUUGGAACGGGCCAGAGUAUGGACACCGUAUCGAGCAUACGGGAGACCAGUCUUGGCUCGAGUUUGAGGGGAAAUGGGGCAAUGUCGGGGAUGGGUGUUGGUAUGAGCCCUUCAUUGGGAUCUGCCAGUUGAUCGCUGGGCCGCCGGGGCCAAAUCGCGAGUUUGGCAUUCCGCCGAGUUGUAUCCUUGCGCCCCCCGCCGACGCCGGGUCGACGUUCAAGUUCUACCUCUCCAACUGGGUCGUGUGGCAAGCCCAGGACCUGAACGUGACGCACGUCCUGCUCGAGCAAGUUUGCACACGGCCCAGUAUGGGUGCCUCGGCUCGAGACCCUUAUUCUGUCGCCCCGCUCGAGGUCCACGACCGGCUCCCCUUUGACCCCGAGGAUCGAUUCUACGAGGCCACAGCAGCGCGGUGCGAGGGCGGACGAUCAGCAGCUAAGGGAUACCGACUCGCUCUGUACCGGGGCGAGGAAAGGGUCAGCACGAGCCCCGUGGUCCGUCCCGUUCACGCAUCCGGUGUAGUUGGCGUCGUUCUCGAGCGUCUCGAUGCGGCACGCGAAGAGCACGUCGUUCCAGACCCCGACGCCGGAGCAGCAUCUCUGCGCUGUGCUCCGCGUCGCCUCAGAGACGUUGUUCGGCCGGUCGUGGUACGGGACAUCGGGAUCGCCAUUCAGCACACACACGCGCGUGUCGUUGCUGAAGCCGGGGUUGAAGAAGAAGGGCUUGUCCUCGGGUGGCUGGGGACCGGACUUGGGACGAGGGUACAGGUCGGGCGGGAGGGGUGCGCCAGAGGCCGAGACGUUACCAGCGCCGGGCCCCACAGAGCUGCCCGUCGUGGAGGGAAUGGGCGAGACGGACAUGGUUUUGGUGUAUGA